UCCAACACCAGGGUGUGAUGGUUCUGGACAUAUUACCGGCAACUACGCCUCACACAGAAGUCUUUCAGGGUGUCCACGGGCCAGGAAAAGUGGGAUAAAGAUCAUCCACAGUAAAGAAAAUAAGGAGGAUCAGGAACCCAUCAGGUGUCCCGUCCCAGGCUGUGAUGGUCAGGGGCAUGUGACAGGAAAAUAUGCAUCCCACAGAAGUGCAUCUGGAUGUCCCAUAGCUGCCAAGAGGCAAAAAGAUGGUUAUCUGAAUGGAAUUCAGUUCACAUGGAAGUCCGGAAAAACAGAGGGCAUGUCCUGCCCAACUCCAGGAUGUGACGGCUCAGGUCACGUCAGUGGCAGCUUUCUGACACAUCGAAGUCUUUCAGGUUGUCCUCGUGCCACCUCUGCCAUGAGGAAAGCCCGGCUCUCUGGAGUGGAAAUGCUGACAAUAAAGCAACAACAUUCAAGCAAUGUAUUGGAGCAUGAAGAGGAGAUCAAGCAGCUGGAUGAGGAAAUCAAAGAUUUAAGUGAAUCUAAUUCACAAGUGGAGGCAGACAUGAUCAAACUUAGAACACAGAUCACAACAAUGGAGUCCAGCUUGAAGUCCAUAGAAGAGGAAAACAAGGUGAUUGAACAACAAAAUGAAUCUCUCCUGCAUGAGCUGGCCAACCUCAGCCAGUCACUGAUUAACAGUUUAGCUAAUGCCCAUCUCCCUCAUAUGAAACCAUUGUCUCACAAAGAGCCUCUUCUGAGGGCCAGCAGCUGCUUACAGCUUCACCAGCAGGAGUCUCUCAGCGAACAGAACUUUGACGCCUACGUCACCACUCUGACAGACAUGUACACCAACCAAGACCAGUACCAGAGCGUGGAAAACAAGACCCUGCUGGAAAAUAUCAAACAAGCAGUUCAAGGAAUCCAAGUGUAAGCCUUGGACAACGGAGACCUUCGAUUCGCUCAGAGACAAACACAGGCAGUGACAAUUUGAACUCCUUGUGUGACAUCUUAUAUAGGGUUAUAUAUUCUAAACUUUGUUCUCAAACAAAACAAAAAGAGGUGUUAUGAUCAAAAAAAGACCUCAAAAUCAUUUUUUUGGUCUUGCUUUGAGGAAGAAUGGAAAUACUCGCAAAAUAGUUUUUGAAAACAUUCACAUUUUGUACGUUUUCAUAUGAGCGACAUAGUGUCAUGUAAUGUUUCUAGCUGCUCAUGUAUGCACAUUUUUAGUGUAUAUUUCUGAACAGUAAACAAAUUAAAACAGAUUCUUUGUAUUGCUCGACAUUACGCAUUUUAGAUUAAAAAAGUCGACACCCAAACAAGGGAAAAAACUACAAACAAAGACGGGGAGCUACUUAUUUUUUCUGUUAAAUGAAUGACUAUGGACUUGAUCAUUUACAUUUUGUUGUUGUUUGUUUCUCCCUUCUCGUCUUUUUUCUUCCUGUGUGUAGAUGAUUUAAGACAAGAAUUGGUUUGCAAAUAACUUUAUUUUCUGAAAAUGCUUGAGAAAAACUUUUAAUGUUUUGUUUCAAUGAAAAGUAAGGAUGUUUCGCUGCAGAUGGGGGCAUUUUUAAUUGGUGCUGUAAAUGAUUCCGACAAGGAAACUGACCGGAUGUAUGUAUGAAUGUAUGAAUGAACAGCUAUAUUGUAAACAUCAUUACACGGAAACCCGAUGGUGGAAGUCCCAUUACUCUAUCUGAGAGCCAAUUGAGUCCUUGAAGAACAUAUCAUGCAUGUUCACAAACUCAUUUUUAAUUAGUCUGAGGUAGAAAAUAUGUAAAGACAUCGACCUGAAGAUGCCACAUUUUAGCCUUUCUAGUAUCGAAUUUGCUCAAUUUUGGGUUGCUAGGAUCAUGAAAUGUCUCAGCAAUAUACUUACAAAAUUAUUUCUUUCUCGGGAUUAUAUGUGAUGCAAUCUGAAAAAAUAAAAACGUAUGGGUAUAUGCAAUUUCUUCUUUAUAAGCAUAGUGGGGUAACAUGAAUCUUUUUAAUAUAGCCUAUGUAAAAAAUAUUGAUUUUUAUACAAAUCUUUUAAUACAAAAAGUCUUUUUAAAAAAAAGAGAUAGAACCUGGACAUCGAGUUUCAGAAGCUAAAGUAUAUGAGUUCCACUUUUUUUCUGUACAAUUUUGCACAGGGACACCUUCGUUUCCAUGUUUUGAUGUUAUUACAGAUACUAAAAGCGGCACCUGAGAGCCUGACGAAAGGGUUUACAAGGUUUUUGUAAAGAGUAUUUAUAGAGUAUGACUGCGGGACUUACAGGGUCACUGUCCCCACUUCUGUGCCAGUAGACUAUUUGCACUUGUCCUUGAAGAUAUUAUCCUUGUGUAUGGCAGCGUGCAAUUUUCCAGGUGACCUCUUUGGCACACAGGUGGAACAACAAACUGCUCGGAGCCACUGCAGGUGUGGAUUUACCACCACUGAGAGUGACACAGGCAGAACAGGGACUUUGAAAUCAGACAAAAGGAAGAUUAUAAAAAUAACAGUUAUACUGUAGGCUAUUUUCAAGUGUAAAAACAUUUCAAAGUUUUUUCAUUUUGCUAUGUUUAGAAAGAUAAAGUUAUCCCCCCAGCAGCACUUUAUAUCUAAUCACUGUACAAAGAAGUAAAUAGUCAAUCAGUCUAAGAUUUAAAAAAACUAACAAAAAAAGGCAGAGAAAAUAAAGGCUUGGAGGUGUUUGUGGGGUGAUACAAUCCAGCUCACAUCCCAGGGAAAAUCCCCCUCCAAACUGUUCUGCUAGUUGGGAUCAUGUUCAGAAUUUGCCUUUUUGAGAGCUAAUGCAGAAGGUUUUUGUGGUUCAGCUCAUCUGAAUCGUAUCUAUUGUACUUUACUGUCCUCUUCUAGGACUCUACUACCCAUCAUUCAUGACUGCAUACGCCUUUUUCCACAGCAUCGUGUCUGCAGCUUUCGCCAAUAUAGUAAUGCUUCAGUAGAAUAAUAGCUAUUACCAGUUUUUCAAUUAUUUCUCAUGAUCAGUGAAAAAGGACAAAGGGACUUUAAAGCACAAACUGGCUGCUCAUCUGACAAUGGUGCAUAAACGAAGGUUGUCACAUAUUUAGACUUCUGAAUUUUCAUAUAAAUUAUUGUGAAUUCAUAAGAGUUUAUUACUUUGUUCAAGCCAGUUCAUUUGAGGUUCAUUUCAGUGGCCAUCAUCAAAGACAGGAUUUUGUAUAAACUAUUGUGCUCUGUGGAACUGAAGUUUGAUUUAUUUUUGUACUACACAGCAUGGAUUUGUUGACAUUUUAAUUUUGCUAUAAAUGUGUGAGAUCACAAGUUGCUGUGAUAUUUCAUUUAUAAAUUGUGAACUUUGUACAAUUUUUGUCAUGCUGGAUGUUGACACAUCUUACUCAGAAUAAAGAAAAUGUGUUGCCAGACGCCUGUGAAGACAA